GAGAGUAUCUGUGUCUACUCUCCGACAUUUCUCUCUCCGUAAUAGUUAUCCGUCUCUUUCGUGCGCACUGCGCUCUGUGUGUCCUUCGUCUCGUUCAUAAUGCCGAAAAGCUGGUUCUCUCUAUGUGUUAAUGAUGUCGACCGAAAAACAAAAAUUCAGUCGACCAUAUUGAAGAUUCAUUGCGAGUCCCAUUCAUUCAUUGAAUACGAUACGCAUACAAAACCGAUGUUUUGUGUAAUGUUUGCAAAGUGAAUAAAAUUCCAUGGUUUUUCAUCAUUUUUAGCGGCAAGAAAUAUUGAAAAGUGAACAAGAAAAUUCUAAAGAAUCGGUAGAAAAUUGUGAAUUAAAUUCGAUUGAAGUUGAAAUUGUCAAAAAUUGUGUCGUUUCAUUGAAAUGGAACUUCAUCUACCACAAAGGUCAGAAUAGGACGUAGAAGUGAACAAUAGUUGCACACUCAUCGAGCGAAAACCGAAAAAGUAUAGAAAUAAAACCGGAAUAACAAUCGCAAAGCAAAGUGUACUGAUAUCAAAAUGUGUGAUCAAACUGAAAUCGAGUACGUUGACGGUGACAUUGUUUGGGUAAAAUUCCACAAUUUUUGGUGGCCAGGCGAGGUACAUGGCGAAUCGAAAUUACCGCCCGGUCUGUUGAAAUCGUUUCGCAAAAUGCCCGUUGCAGUGGUGAAAUUUUUCCAAGAGCCCGCCUAUGAAUACGUGAAAACAAUCAAUGACAUUUAUCGAUACAAUUGUAAUCGAAAGCAUGAGUUCAUCAAAAAAGGACUGGAUUUGCAUCGUUCGAAGAAGCGUAAUAUGGAAAAGUUCCCAGAGGAUGUUCGCAUUGCAGAGGAAAAAACCGGCGGCGAUCCAGACAUCAUUGACAGUGAAGAAUUUCAGCCGGAGCAAAAGCCAAACAUUGCGAAUAUAUUCGGUGAUCAAACGCCGAAAAUGAAAAAAGGCGUUGGACGUGGUCGAAGGAAAGCCACACCGAGCAUCGACGAAGAUCUAACAUACAGUCGGACAAAGAAUUUUUCUUUGAAAGCGGCGCACACCACACCAACCUUAUCAACGCCAAAAUCAUACACCUCAUCAUCAUUGACAUCGCAUCGUUCGCCGGCCAGUGCAAGCACUUCAACAGCCAGCACAAGUGAUUUCCGUUGCUAUUUGUGUAACUUUUCAACGACUCGACUAAAUGUCAUUGUUUUGCAUAACAAAACGCAUGCACCGGAAACUAAAGUUGAACCUCAGCCAGCAGCCAAAACAAAGAAGACACCGGUUACAACACCAGUACGAAAGUCGCCGGCAAAGCCAAGAGGCAGAAAACCGAAGCAAACCACCGUGGAACCUGUUGCAGUGGAAAUUGAUUUGGAUAGCGUUUCCGAAGAUCGUUUGACACAGACAAGUGACAGUGAAAGUGAUGUUAAAAUGGUGACACCGAAAAAGACAGUAAAACCGACGCCGAGAAAACGACAACCGAAAAAAUCAGCCGCACAAGCGGUGAAUACUGAAAACAUUGAAUCUGAGGUGAAAGAAAUAGUAACCGAAACGUUGACGGUAACAGAAACAACAGCAACUAAAUCACCAGUGCCAAAAGCAGCAAGUACACGCAAAACACCGAGAGCCACGAGGAAGAAGCAAGUUGUAGAAGUGAUUGUGACAGAGACUGAGAAAUUGCCGGAGGAACCAAUUGAAAUCAAAUCAAAACUUCUCGCUGACUGGUCAGAAGAAGAUGAUGAUAGUAUGGUGUCGACGAGUAAAGAUGUGACCAGCGAACCGGAUGACAUAAAAAGUCCAGUAUCGUCACCGACACACCAGAGCGGCGAUGAAAAACAACCAAAACUAGCGAUUCGUAACAUUCCGAAAAAAGAUCGUCGCGGUAUCAUUUUGGAUGAAUUCUAUACGAAACCAGUGCCAAGCACGAAUGAACAAACGCAAAAAGACGAAACCGUUAUCAUUGAAUCGGACGAGGAAAUCUGUGAAAUCACCGACGAUUUGCCAAAGGAGCCGGAAAUUGAUAGUACGACGGAAGAGAAAUCAAACAGCCCAGAUGUUGUACCAAUCGAAAUUGAUGAGUUUGACGAUGUUGACGAUGUUGUUGAGACAACCGCAAAUGAAGUGGUAGAAAGUACCACAGAUGUACAAUGCGUUGAGGAAACACCAGGCGAAGUCGCAAAGAAAGAUGACGACGGCAAAGAGGAAAAAGACUUCGAUUUACUGAAACAAAGUGCUGAUUUGCUCGAAGAGACUAGUCUAUUGCAAAAGGACAUCGAAACGGUUGGAAUAAUUGAAAAGAAACGCCGACUACUCAAUAAACACAAGACCGACGACGAAAUGGAUAGUAGCGAUAAUGCUCGGAGCUCGUCGGCGGAGGAAAUUGUUGACGAGCCGAAAGUUCAACCGGUCGAAAUCACCUCCGUCGAACUGGAAGAGGAAAAGAAAGACGAAGUUAAGCCGAAAGGUAGAAGAAAAACACAAAUGGUAACUAAAACGUACAAAUCGAAUGCGAGGCGUAAAACCACAUCGACGAGCGGUGACGAAAAGGGCCAAUUGCAAUCAAAUGAAACCGAAAAGAAUGUCAUCAAGGGAAAUGGAACGGAGGAGAAUUUAGCCGAUAUAGCCGAAGAUGUCGAAAUGAAACCUGUAGUUGAAUCAACCAUUGAGUUGAUCGAUCAAAAUGAUAUCGAAGCUGAAGUAAAAUCUGAAGUGAAAAUGGAAACGGAUGAAACGUCGCCGACAAAAUCCGAUUCAGAUCCCAGUAAAAUUGAAAUGGAUUGUUUCGAUUUCAAGGAGGAAGAAGAUGAAGUGCCGCAGACAUUGAAUCGCCGCAAACGACGCUGUCUGCCGCCUGGAAAAGUGUUUGAAUUGCAAACAAUCGAUAAAUUGGAAGAGAUGCGAAAACAAGAAGAAGAAAAAGCAAAGCGCUUAAAGCUCGAACCAGAUGACAAAGAGACUAUCAUUGCGAAUGUCAGUUUGGACGAUGCCAAGAACACUUCAAUGGAUGAAUGUACAACCCCAGAAAAACAGCAAAAAGAUGACGACGUGAAAGACAGCAAGGCACUACCGCCAAAAGAGCGAGGCAAACGUAUUUUCAAGUCAAGGAAUAGAAGUCGUUUGUCCGAGGGAGAUUCGUUUUCGGAUGAAAAAUCUCCCACCAAAGAAGCAAAUCAGAGUUUUGAUUCAAUUGAGAAAUCAUUGGCCGAUUCGACAAACGAAAGUCCAAAAACGGCCGAAGUUGUGCCAGUAAAAUCCGAGGUGGAAUCAGUGGCGAAUGAGUCAUUGGCUAAGGAAGAAAUCAAUUCGACGGUCAAAUUGGAAGAGAGUCAAAUCGAAUCUGAGGUGGCAAACACUUUGAUCACUUUGACUAAUUCGCCGGUUAAGAUAACGGAAUCCAUUGUGACAUCGAGCGAAAAAGAUGCGUCGAGCACCGAUGACGUCCAAAUGGAACAACACACAGACACAGACACAGACACGGACAAAGACACAAAAGGAUCACCAACAGAAACAACAGCUGAGGUGCCGACCAGUUCAAAGAUAACAAAUCCAAUCGAAGAGGUGAUAGCCUUCGAGGUGGAGGAACAAAUAGAAGAAAGUGCACCCUUAAUAAAUGCACCCAUCGUGAAAAAACGAAAAUCGGUGAACGAAAAAGAGGAAACAAGUAGCGAUAACAGCUUGGUGACAAAUGUAAUUCAGCCACUAAAAAAAGCAAAAACAUUGAUUGUUGUGGAAACUACAACGCAAAAUGUGAAUAAACGUGUAAAUGUGGCCGAAUCGAGUAGCCAGAUUCGAGAUGCGGGCGAUGGAUUAUUGAUUAAACCAAAUCCAAACCCAAUCCCAAGUCCAAGUCAAACUGUUGUUGUUCCAAAGCCGGUGCCGAGUGAGGUGAGCGCUGUCAGUUCCACUUCGUCAUCACCGCAACAAGCUCAGAAGAAAAAUCAACGAACGUCACGCAAAAAAGUGGCCGUCACCAUUGGUUAUGAUUUACAAGGCAAUCCAAUCAUCACGUACCGCAAGCCAUCUGACAAACCAGUCGUACAUUUGCCAUCGCACAUCCAAACACCAGACAUGGUGCAAUCGGUGAACCCAGCAUUGCUUCACACAGCAAAAUCGAAUGCAUCAUCAACGCAGUUUGUGAUUACGAGCAAAGGUGCUUUGCUCAAAACAACGUCCACCACAAUUGUCAGUCAGACACCAACCACAUCGAUACCCGCGAGGCCAUUAACGCAAGUAGUUCGUUCAAGUGCGUCCACCUCAUAUUCACCGCAAAUCAAAUCACCGCCGAUGCCCACAUAUCACGUUCAAACCCAACAAUCGAUUAAUCCGCAUUUGAUCCACAAACAACCGAGCAUGUUGCACAAGUCGCCGCACCAACAAAUGCAGAAGCAUCCAUUUUUGCAGCAUCAAAUGAAAGCGGGACAGGUGCAGCCAAAGAUCACCACAAAUAUCAUGCAACACGUACAGCCAACGGUGCAAAAGCAAACUGUGAAAGCAACUAGCCGACCGAACAAGAAGCAACAGGAGCUAUUGAUUCGCAAACAACAGGAGAGUGUGAUUGCAGCGCAUUCACUCAGCGACGACAGCCAUUCAACUGAAGUAUUGCCAAAUGCCGAAGAUAAUCAGCUAUUAGCCGUUCCAGCUGAGAAUUUCGAUGGGCCAGCCGGUGCAUUUUAUCUGUGCAGGAUAACGGAAAAUAAUCUGUACAUACCCAUCGAUAAUCAACCGUUGUACUUGGAUGAAAAGAAUCAAUUGAUUCCCGGCAGUUUGAUAUCAAACGCCGGUGGCAUUCAAGAAGAGCUCGUCGAAGAAACGCUAGUGCCACAAGUGUCCCAACAAUUUGAAUACCAACAAGAGCAAGUGGUUCAGAAUGUUGAAGAGCCAUCGAAUUUAAAAUAUUUGCUAAAUGUUGAUGGUCAACAGAUAUUGCUCGAUCAACAAAGCCUGCUGCAAUUGACGUCGGGCGGUGAAAUGCAACAAUUGGUCACGGCCGAUGGGCAACGCUUGAUUUUGCAAGGAUCACCCCAAGAUAUACUCGCUGCCAUACAAUCGAAUCAACAAGAACAAAUCAUUAUACCGGAGGAUAUGAUCGAAGAAGAUCCAAAUCACGAUAUCCUGGCAGCCGCCCUCGAAGACACAGGUGUUUUUCCACAGGAACAGUAUAUUGGUGAUGUAUUGCAAAUCCAAACGGGAAAUGGCAUUGAAGUUGAUCCGCUUGCCUUUCAAACCAUAAAUCAAGCGCCGACCAGCGAAACCAAUUCCAUUUUACCGCCAAUUAUGUCGACACUGGAACAGCCAUCAAAAACGGAUUUGACAUCGCCGAGUGUAGAUUGCUCGAAUCUGGACGAGAGUUUAGCUGUGAUCGGUGUUUCAGUGACGUCGAAAAAUGUGCCAACAUCAUUAGAGCUACCUAUAACGGUGACCAAUCCGGCUAUUGCGUCGAAAACCACAACGAGUGCAAUCACAACCAUUUACCCAUCAAAUGUACCAACAACACUGACGCCACACGCAUUGCAUGCUACUCAAAUGUCGCCGAUUGUCAGUGAUAUCCUGCAUUCAGCUCCAUUGACCAACAGCGGACUAACAAAGAGCAGCACAAUCUGUUCGUCAUUAGGUGUUGUGAACAGUGUUGGAGACGCUGUGCUUAUACAAGAAGAUGAAAAUUGCGAGAUUGUACCAAACACACCAGAAUCGGUAAUAAAUCACGGCUUUACAUCUGAUAAUUCUAAUUCAAGUGAAAUUCCACUACAAUCGAAUAUAAUUUUAAGGCAACCGUCCGUCGAGUCGAUGGAAAAAGAUGAAGAGACAGAAAAUGGAGCUGGAGGAGAAGAUGAUGAGGAAGAUGAUGAAGAAGUAAGCAACAGACGGACGCAUAACAAUAGCCAUGAACCACAGCAACAGCCAUCACAAAUUGAACACACUGAAAAUAGUCGAACCGAUGUCGUUGAUUCACUGAUCCUAAAUGAAAACUCAUUCGAUCAUCACGAUGCCGCCCUCCUACUUGCGAACAGUCGGCCCGGAUUUCAGGCAAUCACAAUCGAUAAUAACCAUGAAACAAAUACAUCUCGUACUAACCGAAAUUCACGUAGAAAUAGACAUAGACAUAGAACUAAUACUAACCGAACUAAUGCAAACGUUUCGACGAAUGAGGAGGAAUCACAAAUUUUCAUCAUCGAACGGCAUAUCAUUGGGAACAGUGAAUACGACACGGAUGACGUGGCCAACGUUGAACAUUUCAACAGGUAAUAUUUCUUUUAAGUUUAAUUUCGAUUCGACAUUUUUGUUGUUGUUCUAUUUAUUUGCUUUACUAUAAUUUUUCUUUCGUUUUUUUUUCUUCUUUCUUUUGGCGAUUUCUCUUUUCCAGUUAAAUGCCCGUCAUUUUUUUUCUUCUUUCUAAUCAACAAAAGUUAGAAACAAUUUCUUAAAAAAACAAAGUCAAAUUCAUAUGAAACCAAAGUGGAUUGUAUAAAUUGUGGUGUUACAAUUUGUUCAUUAUUGCUUUGGAACUCAUUUUGAUUACAAAACAAUGGAUCGGUUCACGGAAAAAAUGUGAAAUAAAAACAAAACUCAGAAUAUGGUGCAUAUACCUAAAAAUGUGAACUAUGAACAGAUACUUCAAUCAACAAAAUGAAAAUAUUUCAAAUGAUUUCGUUUUAUCUGAAAAGAUUUGAAAACAAUCACUUGAAUUUCAUAAAGUCAAUUUAUCAAUAUCACAUCGCGAAUGAAUCAACUGUAGUGGAAUCGAAUUUCAAGUCGAAAAAAAAAACACUGAAUGUAAUAGAAGCAUGUAUGGUUUAAGUGAAUGAUGUCGUUAAGGUGCAAAAAAUGCAAUAGCAUGAAGUGCAACAAAGAAAAAUGGAUGAAAAGCCUAGCUUCAAAUAAAAAUUUUGUUUAAGUUUGUAAUAAUGAUGACCAUUUUAGGGAAAAAGAUGUCUAAAUCGUUCGAAAAGAAAACAAACAAAGAUAUCCUUUGAUAGAAAAGAAAAGAAUAAACGUAAAGACAAGAUUUCGAUAACGUCACACGUGUAACGUCCUCUAUCCAUUCACAACAACAAAGACGAGAAUUUGAUUCAUUUUCGCAUACAAAAUUCUUUCUAAUGAUACCAAAUUUAUAAUAUUUUAUGUGUAAAUAAUUAUGUAAACCGAGUUAUAUUAUGUGAAUGUAACAACAUUUUUAACACUGAAUUCGAAAUUUAAGCUGCUGCAAGAUUUAUACAAUUGGAAUAACAAUUUGAUGUUCCGUUUAACACAAAAUUUAUAUUAUGUACGAGAAAAAGAGGAAAAGAUUAUGUAUUUUUUCUCACUGGCAGUAAAUUUCCAGCGAAUGACUUGUCUUUGUUGCAUUUCGAUUAAAAUUCACUUAUGUGUGCUGCUAAAAAAACCGAUUUAAACGAGUCUCCAUUAAAAUUUUUAUUCUUUUACCCGAUUCUGACCACAUGGAUAUUUCUUGAUAAAAGGAACAACAAAAAUAUGCAAUGUCUUAAUCCACAAGGAAUGUCCAUAUAUGCGAUUACGACUGGAUUUUUUUUGUUCAAAAUCCUAGUUCAUUCUAAAAUGACAUACUAUUUUUUGUCGUAGUUAAAGAAGAAAACACAACCUCUUAAACGUUACAAUGUCAUAAACAAUAUAUGAGAAUAAAGUUUGAACCAAAUGAUAUGUAGCAAAA